UAAAUUCUUUUUGUCGGACAGCAUUUGUAUUGGUGUUUGGGCGGCUUUGGUUAUAAAAGGCGAGAGGGAAAAACAGGGAAGGUAAUAUGGGUCUGCGAAUUAGAAGCUUUUCAUUUCUGUUUUCGACAUUUCCGCUGCUUUUAUCCUUGUUGCUGUUGAUUUCGACCGCAAUGGCCGAGUCUGCUCCCACCACCAAGCCUGGUGAUUCUUCUUCUUCAGCGUCGGUCCAAAUCGUGUACACAGAAAGGCCCCAGGGCGAGGAUCCAGAGGCUUACCACAUCCGUACCCUAACCGCCGUCCUCGGCAGUGAGGCGGCUGCAAAAGAGGCUCUGUUGUAUAGUUACAAGACCGCCGCUAGUGGAUUCUCAGCUAAGCUUACGCCCGACCAGGUUUCCCAAAUUUCAAUGGUUUUUAUCAACAUUGUUAGGCUGAGAAAUACAAUGCUCUCCAGUCUCCAUACAAUAAUAUAUAUGUUUUUUGGUAGAACAACCCGGUGUUCUUCAGGUUGUCCCAAGCCGUACGCUUCAGCUACAUUCAGGACCUGGGAAGCCGCACUGAAGGAUGUGAAGCUCCUGCACUUACUAGUAUAUAUGUUUCAAACAGCUUUUUCAUGUAUAAACCAUUGUGCCUAUGUGCUCUGGGGCAUAUAGCCUUUCAUCUAAAUAAGGUUUAUCCUUUGGAUCUAAGCGACAUAUAAAAGUGUGCUCUCGUAUAUGGUAUUCGCUGCGUGGUACAUAUGACGUGUAACACCAACUUUUUCGGGUUUUUCUUAUUCUAAUAUGAUAUGGGUACUUGAAAA